AUGGUUGCAGUCAUGGCAGGUUUGGCGCCCGAAGGUUCUCAGUUUGAUGCUCGUCAAUAUGAUUCCAAAAUGAAUGAUUUGCUUUCAUCUGAUGGGCAAGAUUUUUUCACUUCUUAUGAUGAGGUUUAUGAUAGUUUUGAUGCAAUGGGCUUACAAGAAAACCUAUUGAGGGGCAUUUAUGCAUAUGGAUUCGAAAAACCAUCCGCGAUUCAGCAACGAGGAAUCGUUCCCUUCACGAAGGGCCUGGACGUAAUUCAACAAGCUCAGUCUGGAACCGGGAAGACCGCGACUUUUUGCUCAGGUAUCCUUCAACAACUCGAUUAUAACACCGUCGAAUGCCAAGCGUUGGUUUUGGCACCUACUCGCGAGCUUGCACAACAGAUAGAGAAAGUUAUGCGAGCACUUGGUGAUUACCUUGGUGUAAAGGUGCACGCUUGCGUGGGUGGAACCAGUGUUCGUGAAGACCAACGCAUUCUUUCGGCUGGAGUUCACGUUGUUGUUGGUACUCCUGGACGUGUGUUUGACAUGCUGCGCAGGCAGUCUCUUCGUCCAGACUUCAUUCAGAUGUUCGUGCUGGAUGAGGCUGAUGAAAUGCUUUCAAGAGGGUUCAAAGAUCAGAUCUAUGAUAUAUUUCAGCUCCUCCCUGCAAAGAUUCAAGUCGGGGUAUUCUCCGCCACAAUGCCUCCCGAAGCAUUGGAGAUCACACGGAAAUUUAUGAACCGACCUGUAAGGAUUCUUGUCAAGCGUGAUGAACUCACUCUCGAAGGAAUCAAACAAUUCUACGUCAAUGUAGAAAAAGAGGAAUGGAAGCUCGAAACCCUUUGUGAUCUCUACGAGACUCUAGCCAUCACGCAAAGCGUCAUAUUCGUGAACACACGUCGCAAGGUUGAUUGGUUAACCGACAAGAUGCGGAGCCGAGAUCACACGGUCUCGGCGACUCACGGAGACAUGGAUCAAAACACGAGAGAUAUCAUCAUGCGCGAAUUUCGAUCCGGAUCUUCGCGGGUUCUCAUCACCACCGAUCUCUUGGCUCGUGGGAUUGAUGUACAACAAGUUUCGCUUGUGAUCAACUAUGAUCUCCCGACCCAACCCGAGAACUAUCUGCACCGGAUCGGGCGGAGCGGGCGGUUCGGGAGGAAAGGUGUUGCAAUCAAUUUUGUGACUAGGGAUGAUGAAAGGAUGCUUUUUGAUAUUCAAAAGUUUUACAAUGUGGUUGUUGAGGAGCUGCCAUCAAAUGUUGCUGAUCUUCUUUAG